AUGGCCAGCAACAAAGACGGGAUCCUCCGGGGUAAGUUGGUCUCCAAGAGGAAGUUCCUCUCUGUUGCCAAAGAUGGGUUUGGCUUCUGCAGCGUCGUCUUCGGCUGGGAUAUGCACGACAUGACCUACUUCCGCGAACUCCAGAUCAGCAAUAAAGAGAAUGGAUACAAAGAUUUGGUGGCCAAAGUAGACCUGGCCAGCUUCCGACGUAUACCUUGGGAAGACAACGUGCCUUUCUUCCUGGUCAGUUUUUACGACCCAGAUACCGACAAACCCAUCUGCGCGUGCCCCAGAAGUCUGUUGCGGACUGCGGUUGCAAAGCUGCACAAGGCCGGCUACGGAGCAAUGGCUGGCGCCGAGUACGAGUUCUUCACAUAUCGCGCUCCCCGAGACGAGUCAAUCCAGACGAGCCAUCAUUCCUCUUCCACGACAGCUCCGUUCCUCCAGAAUAAUCCCGUCCACGCCCUCCCGCACCUGACACAGGGCAUGUUCGGAUACUCCCUAACCGACCCCAUACACAAUCAGCAAUGGUUCUACAGCAUUUUCAAUACUUGUGAGCAAUUCAGAUGCAAUGUGGAAGGCUGGCAUACGGAAUCAGGCCCCGGAGUCUUCGAAGCCGCCCUGGAGUUUGGUGAGGUCACCGAAAUGGCAGACCGCUCAAGCUUGUUCAAGUACGUGGUCAAGGCUAUGAGCAGCAAGUAUGGUAUUACACCCACAUUUAUGGCGAAGCCAAAGGAAGGGUUGCCUGGUAACAGUGGACAUAUGCACUGCUCCAUUGUGGACAAGUCGGGCAAAAAUCUCUUCUACCGGGGCGAGAGGGACCCCAACCCUCCAUAUAAGGACCUCGAGUAUGUGUCCGACCUGGGUCGACAAUUUCUGGCCGGUUUACUGGAUGGUCUUGCGGAUGUCAUGCCCAUCAUUGCACCCACCAUCAACUCGUACAAGCGGCUGGUCGAGAACUUCUGGGCUCCCGUCACGGUUUCCUGGGGCCUCGAACAUCGGGCCGCAUCUAUUCGUUUGAUCGCUCCUCCAACAGCAUCUGCAAAAUCUACAAGGUUCGAAGUACGCGUCUGUGGCGCGGACGCCAAUCCCUCUUUGGUGCUGGCCACCAUUGUCGGCCUUGGUUGGAGAGGAAUAGAGAAGAAACUCGAAAUCAAACUACCACCGCUCGGCAAAGGCGAAGAGGUUGGGAGUGUCGGUGACAAGGGAGAGCGAUUGCCCAAGAACCUCAGAGACAGCACGGCACGAUUUAUGGCAAAGGGCAGUGUCGCCCGAGAAGUGUUUGGUGACGAGUUUGUUGAGCAUUAUGGUGGUACCAGAGAACACGAGCUACGAUUAUGGGACGAGGCUGUCACGGAUUGGGAGGUAAGAAGGUACAUUGAGACUGUAUAA